CCGGAGGGAGCGACUUAGCGGGCAGGCGAGGAGAGCGCUGACCGGUCACCGGCUGUGGGCACGAUGAGACCCGGAGAGGAGAGGCCGGUGGAGGGGGGCGCCUGCGCCGCCGUCUUCGAGGUGGAGCUGCUGAAGCUGCGCGCGGCGGAGUGCAUCGACGAGGCGGCCGAGCGCCUGGGGGCCCUGAGCCGCGCGAUCUGGAGCGAGCCCGAGCUGGCCUACGAGGAGCACCAUGCCCACGGCGUGCUGACGCGCUUCUUCCAGAGCGAGCGCCCGGCGUGGGCAGUGCAGCCGCACUACCAGCUGGUCACGGCCUUCCGUGCCGAGUGGGGGCCGCCGGGGGGCUGGGCGGCGCCGCGCCCGCUGCACCUGGGCUUCCUCUGCGAGUACGACGCGCUGCCAGGCAUCGGGCACGCCUGCGGCCACAACCUGAUCGCCGAGGUCGGGGCGGCGGCCGCGCUGGGCGUCAAGGGGGCCCUGGAGAGCCUCCCCAGGCCGCCUCUGCCGGUGAAGGUAAUUGUUCUGGGAACUCCUGCAGAAGAAGAUGGUGGUGGCAAAAUUGAUUUAAUCGAAGCAGGGGCUUUUAAAAAUCUUGAUGUUGUUUUUAUGGCCCAUCCAUCUCAAGAGAAUGCUGCUUAUCUACCUGAUGUGGCUGAACAUGAUGUGACUGUGAAGUACUAUGGAAAAGCAUCUCAUGCUGCUGCUUAUCCCUGGGAAGGACUAAAUGCAUUAGAUGCUGCUGUCCUCGCCUACAACAAUCUGUCUGUGUUAAGACAACAGAUGAAACCUACCUGGAGAGUUCAUGGUAUAAUAAAAAAUGGUGGUGUAAAACCCAAUAUCAUUCCCUGUUAUUCUGAACUAAUCUAUUACUUCCGUGCACCCUCAAUGAAAGAACUUCCAGUUUUGACCAAAAAGGCAGAAGAUUGCUUCAGAGCUGCAGCUUUGGCUACUGGGUGCACAGUAGAAAUUAAAGGUGGAGCACAUGAUUAUUACAAUGUUCUUCCCAAUAAGAGCCUGUGGAAAGCUUAUAUUGAAAAUGGAAAAAAGCUGGGAAUAGACUUCAUUUCAGAAGAUGCAAUGUUGAAUGGCCCUUCAGGAUCUACUGAUUUUGGAAAUGUUACUUUUGUGGUUCCUGGGAUUCAUCCCUAUUUUUACAUUGGAUCUAAUGCCUUGAAUCAUACAGAACAAUAUACUGAAGCUGCAGGAUCACAAGAAGCUCAGUUCUACACUUUGCGAACGGCCAAAGCUCUGGCAAUGACUGCAUUGGAUGUUAUUUUUAAACCAGAGCUGCUAGAAAGAAUCAGAGAGGACUUUAAAUUGAAACUUCAAGAAGAAGAGUUUUUAAAUACAGUAGAAUAAAAGGAAGAUUUAGGAGCCACUCACGGAUCAUGAAGAAGAAGUGAUGAUUUUCUUCUUUAAUCUUUUUUAAUGAGGGUGGAGGGCAUGGCUUGUUUUUCAGUCUUAAGGUGAGUCGUAUUCCUCUUACCUGAAAAGUGAGGACAUGAUGUGGAGAAAACACAUUACCUCAUAUCUAGAGUGAAAUUUUCACAAAUCUGUAUAUGAUGGAAUUGUGACAUUUCAGGGCUGGUAUGUAAUGGCAUUUCAUAAACAACCUGGAUGACACAUGGUUUAUCAGUGAUAACAUUUUAUAAAUCCAUAUGUUGUAUGAGUGUAUUUUGAAAGAUCCAAGAGAUUUCAAGCCUUAUUUCCAGAAUUGCCAUAUGAAAGAUUUUUUUUGAUA